AUGGAAAUGUCUGAAAGGAACUACAAGCAUGGGGUGACUGGGCCUCUUUCUAUGAAGGAGAGUACAGAGGAGGAUGUCAAGCUAUCUGAGGAGAUGGAUAUGUACCUACAAGAGCGUGGGUUUUUCGAAGACGACGAGGAAGGGCAAACAAGGGAGAGAGUUCUUGGAAAGUUGAACUUUAUGGUCAAGGAGUUUGUAGCAAGGAUGGCAAAAAACAAAGGAAACGGAGACGGAGAGAAGGCAUAUGGAGGGAAGAUAUUUACUUUUGGGAGCUAUAGGCUAGGGGUGCAUGGAAAAGGAACCGACAUCGAUGCCUUGUGUAUUGUACCCAGGCAUGUGACCAGAAACGACUUCUUCACUUAUUUUUAUGAAGAACUAAAAGGAGACCCGAAUAUAAAAGGUGUUACAAAAAUAGAGGAUGCAUUUGUACCAAUAAUUAAAUUCGAGUUUCAAGGGAUUCCAAUUGAUUUAGUCUUUGCUAGGCUCAACGUACCGGUUGUGAAGGAUGGAAUCAACCUACUCAAUGAUACACUUCUGAAGAGCAUGGACGAGAAGUGUAUUUUGUCAUUAAACGGAUCUAGAGUCACAGAUGAGAUGCUAAAUCUUGUUCCAAACGUAAAGGCCUUCCAUUCUGCCCUAAGAUGCAUCAAGUACUGGGCUAAAAGGAGAUGUGUGUAUGGAAAUCCAUACGGAUAUUUUGGAGGGGUAGCCUUUUCAUUGUGUGUUGCGAGGGUUUGCCAGCUGUAUCCGAAUGCAUCGUCCUUUACCAUUGUAUGCAAGUUCUUUGAGUUGUUUUCGUCAUGGAAGUGGCCGACACCUGUGAUUCUACGUCCAGUAGUAGAUCUAAAUUACAAUCUGAAGGUUUGGGACCCCAAGGUAUAUCCUUCAGACAAAUACCAUCGGAUGCCAGUGAUAACGCCUGCGUAUCCCUCUAUGUGUGCAACACAUAAUGUAUCGAACAGCACUCAGCAUGUGAUUACCAUGGAGUUUUCGCGAGCCCACGAGAUUCUAUCCAACCUUGAGAAGAACGACUUCAGAAGGAUAUUCGAACUGUCUGAUUUCUUUGGCCGAUACAAGCUCUUUGUUGAGGUCCUUGCAAUGUCGACUUUGGAAGAGGGAUUUACAAAGUGGGAAGGGUAUGUAGAAUCGAGGAUUAGGAUCCUGGCAUCAAAGUUCGAAGCAGUCGAUGACAUACUGUAUGCUAUUCCUUUCCCCAAAGCAUUCAGGGUCUUGGAAGAGAGUAUUGGAAAGAUAAAGCCUGGGGCUGAGGAGGUGAAGAGGUGUACGGCGUUCUUCAUAGCGAUUGACGUCAUUCCCGUAAAGGGCAAGAAGGUAGUGGUAGAGCAGCAGGUCAAAGAAUUCAUGGAGUUUGUCAAGGAAUACGAAGGAAAGGAAAGUAACAUGUGGAUUGAGAUCAACAGCCUGAAGAGAAAGGAUGUCCAAGGAUUUCUAAGGGUCUUCUAUGGAAAGGAAAAUUUAUCCAAAGAGGAUGAGAAUAAAAGGAGAAAAGUUAAAUGA